AUGGGAUCGCGAGUCUUCAUAUACGCGGCCCUGUGGCUAAUGCUGGCCCUUAGUGCUGUAAACUGCGGCAAUCAGAAGGUGGAUAAUGGAGAGUUCGUGUGUUGUGAAGGCAAUCCACACGCCAAGGCCUGGGAUGACGACACCGAGUGCUGCAGUGCCUACGCGUUCAACCCGAAGCUCGAGACAUGCUGUAAUGGACAGGUCAACCCGGGAUUCGGGUCCAAAAACGAACACAGCCAAUGCUGUGAAACACAGAGUUUCGACAACCGCUGUUUUGAGUGCGAAAAGUCGCGCGGCGUGCGGCCGAGGUACGAUUUCCGAGCACAGACGUGUUGUGACGGCGAUAUCGUGAACCUGCUGCGCAACAAGACGUGUUGCUGUGGCAACAAGGCGUUCGACCCCACCGAUCUGGUCUGCUGUGAUGGCAAGAUCAUCAAGCGGCCUAAAGAUAUACCCGGCGACUGCUGCAACUGCGGGUUGACACUGGUGGACCUGAUUAUCGUGCUCGAUUCCUCGGAGUCUAUCCAGAGCGAGAACUGGCCCAAGAUGCUCGACUUUACCGUUUCAAUCCUGAAGGAUGCGGACAUUGACGACGACGAGGUGCGCGUGGGUGUGCUGUCCUACCGCCACAACACGACCGUUGAGAUCCACCUCGAUGAUUACCACAACCGCGAUGACCUCUUCAAUGCCAUACAGAGUAUCAGAUACGUAAGGGGCAGCACGGCCACCGGUGACGCCAUUCAGCGUAUGCGCGAGGAUAUGUUCGACUUCCGCCAUGGAGACCGACCCAACGUCGAUAACGUCUGUAUCGUCAUCACCGACGGAGAUUCGGACAACUACACACACACUGUCGACCAAGCCAAAUUGGCGCGGGACAACGGUAUCCACAUCUUCGCUAUUGGUAUUGCCCUGAAGAACCUCACGGAGCUGAAGAACAUCGCUACCCCCGCCCCUGGGGACGGCAACGUCCUAUCCAUCGACGACUUUGACCACCUUGAGUCCCUCAGGGGAAAGAUAUUCGCCUCCAUUUGUACUGGGACACCAAUCAUCAAUGUGUAUGAGCCGUGUGGUGAGGACUUCUUCAACCCGCAGAAGGAAACAUGUUGCAAUGGGAAGCCGCAGCCGCUAGUCGCCGAGAAGACCAUUUGUUGUGGCCAGAAGAGUUACGACAACAGCAAGCAAAUUUGCUGUGAAGACGAGCUCAACGACCGUAAUGCCAAGGACAUUACAUGUUGCGGGAAGAAGGCCUUCGACCCGGAGAAGGCGCUGUGUUGUGAGGAAAAAGUGGCCCCGCGCGCCGGCCCCGAGUACACCGAGUGCUGCAGUGACAAGUUCGCCUACAACCCCAAAACAGAAGUCUGUUGUGAAGGUUUUGUCGCAAAGGCGUUCGGGAAUCCGAAAAAAGACACGGGCUGUUGUGCAGAAUUCUCAUAUGAUCAGCGCUGCUUCGAGUGCAGCAAGGGCAAGGUCCGACCCAUGUUUGACUGGGAAUGCCAGAUAUGCUGUGACGGAACGGUGCACAACAUGACGCUGGACCCGACCUGUUGCUGUGGGGCCGAGCUGUUCAACCCGAAGGAUGAGAUUUGCUGUAAGAAGGAACUGAGGAAGAGGCAGGGAGACGAGCUCAACCACGACUGUUGUGAAUGCGGCAGUGCGCUUGCGGAUAUCGUGUUUGUGCUCGAUUCUUCUGAGAGUGUGGACCUUUCGAACUGGGGGAAGCUGCUCACAUUUGUAGAGGAUAUUAUCGCAUCGGCCGACGUGGACACCGGGAAGACCCGCAUUGGGCUCGAGACAUACAGACACAACGUCACCGUGGAGUUCCACUUGGACGAGCACAUACGGACACAGAACAUGAUUGACCACGUCAUGGGAAUUCCAUACGUGCGCGGCUCCACCAACACCGCAGACGCCAUUGAGAACAUGUUUGAUGUUAUGUUCUCACCAAAAUACGGCGACCGCCCGAAUGUACCCAACAUAGCUAUCGUUAUCACCGACGGCCUGUCUGACGAUUCGGAAAGCACGAUGGAAGCAGCAGAACUGGCGAAGGCGGAGGGCAUACACAUCUACGCCAUCGCAGUCGGCCUUAAAGUCAGCGCAGAGCUGCGUGCCAUCGCCAGUGACCCAUGGAAACAGAACCUCUUCACCCUCGAGAAUUUUGACGACCUGGUUUCACUUAGGGCUCAAAUGUUUGACGCUAUCGCCAGUGCAUGUCCACAGUCGCCACGCCAGUGCCCAACAAAACCGUGCGGCAGCAAGCAGUACGACCCGCGGACCCAGGUUUGCUGCAACGGAGAACCUCAGCCCCUCUACCAGAACGAGAAGUUCACCAUGUGCUGUGCACAGGUUAGCUACGACAAGCGUACACAAAUGUGCUGCAAGGACAAGGUUAACAAAAUUCCGAGUGGAGCCAAGAAGCCCGUAUGUUGCGAAGACAAGGCCAUGGACCCCGUGCAUGCCAUGUGCUGUGCCGGCGAUGUCAUACCCAAGUCAAGCCCGGACGCCGACGUAUGCUGCGGAUCGUCCACGUACAGCGAAAAGACGGGAAUUUGUUGUGAGGAUAUUCUUUAUCAAAACAAAUGGGCUAAGGAUGGAGCGUGCUGUGUAAUGAAAGACGGUUCCACAGAAGUUUACGACACACGCUGUUACGACUGCAUCAAUGGCACGCUUGUUCCGAAGUACGACUGUGCGUUCCAGCGUUGUUGUGACGGUGUGAUCCAGGAGAUCACGAGCCCGAGUUCUUGUUGCUGUGGCAAGAAGGCAUUCGACCCCGAAGACCAGAUCUGCUGUGACGGGAAACUCAGUAAAAGGAAACCAUCCGAUAUUCCAGACUGUUGCUCAUGCGCCAAGAAUAUCGUUGACAUCGUGAUUGUGCUCGACUCGUCCGAGAGUGUGUCGGAGGUCAACUGGCGCAAGAUGGAAGAGGCGGUCGAGGACAUCAUUGGGGCCGCUGCCAUACCGGAAAGCAGGUUCGGUCUGCUUACGUACAACCACUUCUCUACCAUCCGGUUCCAGAUGAACACGUUCGUCAACAAGCAAGAACUGUUGGACGCUGUAGACAACCUACCUUACAUCAGAGGCAGCACAGACACAGGCACGGCCCUGGAGACGAUGCGAGGGAUGUUUAACCCGAAAUUUGGCGACCGACAGGAUGCUCCAAACUUCUGUCUCCUCAUGACGGACGGAGAGUCCGACGAUUACGACAACACAAUUGAGCAGGCCAACCUUGCUAAGAAGAAGGGUAUCACUAUCGUGGGUAUCGGCGUGGGGCUGAAGAACGCCACCGAGUUGAGGAACAUCGCCUCCUCCCCCGCUGACGAAAACGCCGUGCUGCUCAAAGACUUUGAUGAACUGAAGAAGGUCACUGACAGAAUCUUCAACGACCUCGCUAGCAGCAUUUGUCCUCAGAAUCCAAAGCCACGCUGCCGAACUCCAUGCGGGAACAGCAGUAUCGACGAGGACAUGGAGAUCUGUUGUCAUGGCGUCCCACAGAAGAAGAUUGCUGGCGAAGACACGAAGUGUUGCGGUUACAAAGCGUACGACCCCGACUGUUUUAUGUGCUGUAUGGAGGAAGUCCUUGUGUCCAGAUACGCUGGCAAAUACACGGAAUGUUGCUGUAGGGUGGCGUACGACAGCCGCUCUCACAUGUGCUGCGGCAACAACAUCCUGCCGCUCGUCGCAGGCGACGACACCGCCUGCUGCCACAACACCACCUACGAUACGACUAAAGAGGUGUGCUGUGACAACUUUAUUGUCCAGCCGAGCUACGGCGCGAAGAACACCGACUGCUGUAAUGGAGUGAGCUAUGACACUAGGUGUUAUGAAUGUGUCAAGGAGGAAAUCAAACCCAAGUUCGACACAGAGAAGGAACUCUGCUGCCAGGGGAAAAUUGACAAGAAACAGUUCGAUGAAAGGUCGUGUUGUUGCGGGCCGGAGCAGUUUGACGUGGACAAAUCUAUCUGUUGCGAAGACAAUCUGUUCAAGAGGCCAAAGGGAGGUGAGGUGGUCUGUUGCGGCGGUAAGACACUCAAUCCUAAAAAGAUGGUGUGCUGUGACGACAAGGCCGCGCGCCGCCGCUGGGGGACGGACACGUGCUGUUGUGGACGGAAAUCGUACGACCAGAACAAGUUCCACUGCUGCGAGGGCAAGAUCAAUGUUAAGAAGUCGGAUAAAGACACAUGCUGCUGUGGAAAUAAAGUGUUUGAUGGUGAACGCCAGGUUUGUUGUGACAACGAAGUCAACGAUCUUGCUAAAUCCGGGAUGCGCAACUCCUCUAUUUGCUGUGGGAAGAAAGCGUUUGAUCCAACUAAGGAAAUAUGCUGUGACAAUGUUGUCCGCGAUCUGAAUAAGGAUAGUAGCACGGCCUGCUGUGAAAACAAAGCAUACGAUCCUGAAAAGAGCAAGUGUGAACAAGGGAAAGUGCAUCCCAUUGACGGGGGAUGUACUGGACGUAAAUACAACCCCAAGGUGCAAACAUGUUGUAACGGAUGGAUCAACAAUGAAACAUUCUCUGAUCCUUACGCUCGCUGCUGCUUUGACCGGGCCUACGACGCCAGAAAACACGUGUGCUGCUGUAACGGGAACCUGGAGGAAGCGUUUGCCGGUAUCUAUACACAAUGUUGUUACAGCUUUGCCUACGACGCUCGUUAUCAGACAUGCUGUGACGGGCAAAUCGUGGACAAGCCAUACCCCACGGCCGAAUGUUGUUGUGGACGACAGGCGUACGAUAGUAACCACGAGAUAUGUUGUAACGGCGUAGUUAACCCGUGUGGUACCGACAAAGUGAAGUGUUGUGACACUGUCGCUUACGACCCCGUGCUUGAGAUAUGCUGUGGCGGGAAACUGUAUCCCCGUCGCUAUGGUGAGGACACGUUCUGUUGCGGGGACGUUGCCUACACACCCAUGCUGGCCGCGUGCUGCGGGGAUAGAAUAGCUUACGAAAAGAAAAUUAACAUGGAAUGGUAA